CCAUGUUGUUGUCCCCAUACCCAGAAAUAAAGCAAAGAAAGGCUUAGUGCGUGAGAGAGAACAAAAAUUAUAUACUACCAUGGCAAGGUUCGCAGCUUUUAAGAUGGCAUACGCAACAGUGCUUGUGUGCAUGUUGGUGGCUGCUGCUCAUGUUCAUGCAUCUCUAACAUGCGCUGAGAUCACAACCUUGCUGACUCCAUGCAUCCCCUAUGCGAUCGUGGGAGGGACCGUACCAACAAUUUGUUGUGAGGGCAUAAAAGCACUCAAUGCUGCUUCCAAUGGCACAGCAGAUGACAGGGCCGCAUGCAGCUGCAUCAUGAAUGGUCUUAAACCGAUCCCAGGAAUCAACUACGAUCUAGUUGGCACCCUUCCCGAGAAAUGUGGCACCACUUGUCCUUACACAAUUACGCCCACCACUGACUGUUCCAAGGUGGACUAAGUCCAGUAUUGCAUGCACUUAGCUUGGUGCAUUUCCUAAUAAAAUACCGAUGAAAAUAAAGCUCCAGGGAAGCUAGCUAGCUUCCGCGUGUUAAAGCACAAUGCUGUUGUGGUUUUUUUUUUUUUUUUUUUUUCCUUCUUGCAUGGGAUCCAGCAGAAGGAAAAUGGACCUCAGACAUACUAUGCUGUUGUGUCUAGCUAUUAUAAGGAAUAUAAUGUUAUUUUCUACGAA